GGGAUUUUCUUCCAGCUGAUGGUCUCUCUGUUCUGUUCAAGAGUAUCAUAAAAGUGUCCAUGUAUAUUCUUUGUUGCUGUGAAUUUCUUUAUACAGAAGCACAGAGGAGUUCAUUGAGAAUAUGACCACUUUACAGAACUUCACCCAGGCUCUGGAAGACACUUUCAAGAAGACAUUCAUUGAUUACAUGAACAACUGGCGUAGAAAUACCACAGCUGACGAAAAUGAACUGCAAGCAAGAGUUGAUGCUGAAAAUCUAAAUUAUGUCAUUAUGUAUCUCAUGGUGAUGAUUGGCAUUUUCUCUUUCAUUGUUGUGGCUAUCUUAGUGAGCACUGUGAAAUCAAAGAGACAAGAGCACUCCAACGACCCUUAUCAUCAAUACAUUGUUGAUGACUGGAAUGCAAAGCUCAAAAGCCAGCUCCACAAUGAUCUUAAAUGCACUAUCCAUGAAAACGUUGGAUCAAAGGACAAAGUUACCCCCCAAUCUGCUUGAUCUGUGGACAAAAUUGCCAC